CCCGGCGCCCCCCGAGCGAGGGUGGCCAGCCCGCGGCUCGCCGUGUGACAGAUGCUCAUCGCCAUGGAGUUGCCGCAGCAGCACCUUCGGGGGCUCGGGCGAGCGACGGGAGCCGGGAUCUGAGCGAGCGCCGGGGCCAGCGGAGCCGGAGUCGCCGGGACGUGGUUGCAGAUCUGAUCCCUUCUGAACAACCUCACCGUGUCUCCAUCCCUGGGACUCUGAACCCAGCAGCUGGACCACUUUCUCCUUGGAAUUUUGGGUGCCCUUUCUUCUCACCUUUCCCUUUUCCCUUUUCCCCGUCCCCCUCCUGAGAACUCGUGGAGACUGUAGGAUUGUCAUGGAGUCCAGGGAAGUCUUAAGCAGUUCCCGGCAAAGGGGGAGCGAGUCGGAAUUCCUGCCGGUCUCCUCAGCCAAGCCCUUGACUGCUCCUGGCUGUGCAGGGGAACCUUUGCUCUCUGCUCCGGAGACUGGGAAGGGGAUCCCAGUAGGCGGAGAACGCAUGGAGCCAGAGGAGGAGGAUGAACUGGGCUCAGGACGGGAUGUGGAUUCCAACUCCAAUGCAGACAGUGAGAAAUGGGUGGCAGGAGAUGGUCUGGAAGAACAGGAGUUUUCUAUCAAGGAGGCAAACUUCACAGAGGGGAGCCUGAAGCUGAAGAUUCAGACCACGAAGCGGGCUAAGAAACCCCCAAAGAAUCUGGAGAACUAUAUAUGCCCACCCGAGAUCAAGAUCACCAUCAAGCAGUCUGGGGACCAGAAGGUGUCCCGUGCUGGGAAAAAUAGCAAAGCCACAAAGGAGGAGGAAAGAAGCCACUCCAAAAAGAAGCUCCUCACAGCCAGUGACCUUGCAGCCAGCGACCUCAAAGGAUUUCAGCCACAGGUUUAUGAGCGGCCACAGAAACACUCAGCUCUCCAUUAUGACCCAGGCCUCCCACAGGACUUCACCGGUGACACCUUAAAACCAAAGCACCAGCAAAAAAGCAGCAGCCAGAACCACGUGGACUGGUCCACCAACUCUGACAAUGGACCUACCACUCAGAAUUGCUUCAUCAGUACAGAGUCUGGCAGAGAAACUGCAAGCACCAGCAAGAUCCCAGCUCUUGAGCCCCUGGCUUCCUUUGCAAAGGCCCAGGGUAAGAAAGGCAGUGCAGGGAGCACAUGGAGUCAGUUGUCCAACAGUAGCAAAGAUCUGCUCUUGGGAGGUGUGGUUCCAUCUCCAAGCAACCACAGCUCACCAGCUCCACCCAGCACCUCUGCUGAGUGCAGUGGGCUCCAGCCCUUGGUAGAUCAAGAUGGAGGAGGUGCAAAGGAGCCCCCAGAACCACCUACUACUAUAGGCAGCAAGAAAAAGUCCAGUAAAAAAGAUGUGAUAAGUCAAACCAUACCAAACUCAGACCUAGACUGGGUCAAGAAUGCUCAGAAAGCAUUUGACAAUACAGAAGGGAAAAGGGAAGGCUACUCUGCAGAUAAUGCCCAAGAGGCAUCACCAGUCAGGCAGAAUGUGAGUUCCGUCAGUAAUCCUGAAAAUGACUCAAGCCAUGUCCGGAUUACUAUCCCUAUCAAGGCACCCUGCCUAGAUCCAAGCAGCCAUAAGAGGAAAAAGAGACAGUCCAUCAAAGCAGUGGUGGAAAAGAUCAUGCCAGAGAAAGUCCUGGCUUCUGGAAUCACUAUGAGCAGCGAAGUAGUUAAUAGGAUACUUUCCAACCCCGAGGGUAAUAAGAAAGAUCCCCGUGUCCCUAAGUUGGGUAAAAUGAUGGAGAAUGAGUCCCCCUCAGCUGGCCUUGAAACUGGUGGAAAUGCUGAGAAAGUUGUCCCUGGAGGUGUAUCUAAGCAGCGGAAGCCACCCAUGGUCAUGACACCUCCAACAUGCACAGAUCACUCUCCAAGAAAGCUGCCAGAAAUCCAGCACCCCAAAUUUGCUGCAAAACGGAGGUGGACGUGCAGCAAACCAAAACCCACCAGUCUCCUUCGGGAGGCAGUCAUGGCCACCUCCGAUAAACUGAUGGUGGAACCGCCAUCUGCUUACCCCAUAACCCCAUCCAGCCCUCUGUACACCAACACAGACAGUCUUACUGUGAUCACGCCGGUAAAAAAGAAGCGGGGACGACCAAAGAAGCAGCCUUUGCUCACGGUUGAGACGAUUCACGAGGGGACUUCCACCAGUCCAGUCAGUCCCAUCAGCCGGGAAUUUCCCGGAACCAAGAAAAGAAAGAGACGACGUAGUUUAGCUAAGUUGGCCCAAUUAGUGCCAGGAGAGGACAAACCCAUGAGUGAGAUGAAAUUUCACAAAAAAGUUGGAAAGCUUGGGGUGUUGGAUAAGAAGACCAUCAAAACUAUCAAUAAGAUGAAAACACUCAAAAGGAAAAAUAUCUUGAACCAGAUCUUGUCCUGCUCCAGCAGCAUUGCGCUGAAGGCCAAAGCUCCCCCAGAGACCAGCCCUGGGGCAGCAGCAAUCGAGAGCAAAUUGGGCAAGCAGAUAAAUGUCAGUAAGAGGGGCACCAUCUACAUUGGCAAGAAGAGGGGCAGGAAGCCAAGGGCAGAGCUGCCACCUCCAUCCGAAGAACCCAAAACAGCCAUCAAGCACCCGAGGCCAGUUUCUAGCCAGCCGGAUGUUCCCGUCGUGCCUUCCAACUUUCAGUCACUUGUGGCGUCUUCACCAGCAGCUAUGCACCCACUUUCGACACAGUUAGGUGGGUCCAAUGGCAACCUGAGCCCCGCCAGCACUGAAACCAACUUUUCAGAGUUGAAAACUAUGCCAAAUCUCCAGCCCAUCAGUGCUCUUCCAACCAAAACCCAAAAGGGAAUCCAUAGUGGGACCUGGAAGCUGUCUCCACCCAGGCUGAUGGCCAACUCCCCUUCACACCUUUGCGAGAUCGGGUCACUCAAGGAGAUAACACUGUCCCCUGUGAGCGAGUCCCACAGUGAGGAGACGAUCCCGAGUGACAGUGGCAUUGGGACAGACAACAACAGCACGUCUGACCAAGCAGAGAAGAGUUCCGAAUCCCGACGGAGGUACUCUUUUGAUUUCUGCUCCCUGGACAACCCGGAGGCCAUCCCAUCUGACACCAGCACAAAGAACCGGCAUGGCCACCGGCAGAAGCAUCUCAUUGUGGACAACUUUCUGGCCCACGAAAGCCUCAAGAAGCCAAAGCACAAGAGGAAACGGAAAAGCCUGCAAAACCGUGAUGAUCUCCAGUUUCUGGCAGACCUGGAAGAGCUCAUCACCAAGUUCCAAGUGUUCAGGAUCUCUCACCGGAGUUAUACUUUUUACCAUGAGAAUCCAUAUCCCAGCAUUUUUCGGAUUAAUUUUGAUCACUAUUACCCGGUGCCAUAUAUCCAGUAUGACCCGUUGCUCUAUCUUCGUAGGACUUCAGACUUAAAGUCAAAGAAGAAGCGUGGUAGGCCUGCAAAAACCAAUGACACCAUGACAAAGGUGCCUUUUUUACAAGGGUUCAGCUACCCUAUUCCCAGUGGAAGUUACUAUGCACCCUAUGGAAUGCCUUACACAUCAAUGCCUAUGAUGAACCUUGGUUAUUACAGUCAGUACCCAGCUCCUCUGUACCUGUCGCACACGCUCGGAGCAGCGUCCCCAUUCAUGAGGCCAACAGUGCCACCACCUCAGUUUCACACAAGCUCCCAUGUGAAGAUGUCUGGUACGGCUAAGCAUAAAGCAAAGCAUGGAGUGCACCUGCAGGGGCCCGUGGGCAUGGGCCUCGGUGACAGGCAGCCAUCCCUGAAUCCUCCCAAGGUGGGCAGUGCCGGUCUGUCCAGUGGUCGGCUCCACAAGAGGAAACACAAACACAAGCAUAAGCACAAGGAAGACCGGCUCCUGGGGACCCACGACAACCUGAGUGGUCUCUUUGCAGGCAAAGCCACAGGCUUCUCCAGCCACAUCCUGAGCGAACGGCUGAGCAGCGCAGACAAAGAGCUCUCACUUGUGAGUGAGAAAAACAAGCAUAAGGAGAAGCAGAAGCACCAGCACAGUGAAGCCGGCCACAAAGCGUCCAAGAACAACUUUGAGGUGGACACCCUGUCUACGCUGUCACUUUCUGAUGCCCAGCAUUGGACGCAGGCCAAGGACAAAGGUGACUUGAGCAGCGAGCCUGUGGACUCGUGCACAAAACGGUACUCUGGCAAUGGCGGGGACGGCAGCAGUGCAAGACCAGAGAGCCUGGAUGUGUUCAGUGAGAUGAACCCUCCGAACGACAAGUGGGACAGUGAUGUGAGUGGGAAUAAAAGGAGGAGCUAUGAAGGCUUUGGGACGUACAGGGAAAAGGACAUCCAAGCCUUCAAGAUGAACCGCAAGGAGAGAAGUUCCUAUGACUCCUCCUUAUCUCCAGAUGCUAAUUUGGAGGUAAGGAACCUUCAGAGUUCAUCCACUGAGCACCUGCUGAUCCGGUGCCACCAUGUGCUGGGUACUACUGUGGUUGAAGCAGUGGCCAAGAGAGGGAUACCAAGUCCCCACUUAAAAGUGGACCAAACAGCAGCACAUAGUAAGAAUGAGGGCUCAGCGUCCACCAUGAUGACCAGGAAGAAGCCAGCUGCAGUGGACAGUGUUGCAAUCCCACCAGCCCCAGUGUUAUCUCUCCUUGCUGCAUCUGCAGCAACAUCAGAUGCAGCCAGCUCCUCCCUGAAGAAGCGAUUCAAGCGGCGGGAGAUCGAAGCCAUCCAGUGCGAGGUGCGGAAGAUGUGCAACUACACCAAGAUUCUGUCCACCAAGAAGAACCUGGACCACGUGAACAAGAUCCUGAAGGCCAAGCGGCUGCAGAGACAAUCAAAGACAGGCAACAACUUCGUCAAGAAGAGGAGAGGGCGUCCCCGGAAGCAGCCCACGCAGUUCGAUGAGGACUCCAGAGACCAAAUGCCGGUGCUGGAAAAAUGCAUCGACCUUCCCAGCAAAAGGGGUCAGAAGCCGAGCCUGAGCCCGCUCGUCUUGGAGCCGGCCGCCAGCCAAGACACCAUCAUGGCCACCAUCGAGGCGGUCAUCCACAUGGCCCGGGAGGCGCCUCCCCUGCCACCGCCGCCGCCCCCGCCCCUCCCGCCGCCGCCGCCGCCGCCGCCGCCACCCCCGCCGCCCCCUCUGCCCAAGACCCCCAGAGGAGGCGGGAAGAGGAAACACAAACCCCAGCCUGCGGCCCAGCCCCCGCAGCAGCCGCCCACGCAGCAGCCCCUUCCCCAGGAAGAGGAGGUGAAGGCCAAAAGGCAGAGGAAGUCGCGAGGGAGUGAGAGCGAUGUCCUUCCCUAGGGUGGGCCUGGGCGUCAGAACCUGGGGCUGGGGAGACUGACGCGUUGGAAGUGCAGUGAGCCGGGGCUGGGUCCGAAUGCCCUUCUCUCCCGACGCUGGGCAGGCAGACUCGGGCCAGAUGACGGGGUUGAGCCUUCAGGAGCUCUUGGGAAAGCAAAGCAGGGGAACGUCUUCAAAAGAAGUGUGUCUGUGCUUUACAGCAGUUCCCGGCCAAGGGGCACUUCAGUAUGGCUAGAUCCUUGACAGGCAGCACGAGACCCAUCAGGGAGGAGAAGGAUGGUGGUGCUCUCCGACAGCCGCCAGACCUCCCGCAUCCAAGGUGCGCCCUUUGAUUCCGUUGCAUUUGCUGGCCAGGAAAAUUGAAAGGGGAACGCCCUCAAUUAGGAAACAUUCCAAGGGGAGAAAAGCCGCAAAUUUCUCAGCUGGCUUUGUUGUAAGCCACUUUCAUUUAAUUGGUUUUUAUUUCUUUUGGUUUUUCAAGCUCGGCUAGGCUUUGGGGCACCAACAUCACCUUCAGGUGACCUGAAUCUUUAUGUUAACAACACAGUUUCUCAGAGGGACUCAUGUCAUCAGAGGGUGGAAUUGUAGUGAUAGGCAACCUUAGACAUGCAUCCAUAUUCUUCUGUGUGUCUCCUCUAUUACACAUACACUGAUUUUUAGAAUCAUCUGUUCCUACUUUUUCUUUGCCCAUUGUACUUCCAUAUACCUUUUCGUUAACUUACUUGCUGCCUUCUUUAACUUGGUACACACCUAAAUAAUGUAAACCUUACCUGUGUUGUAAUGUUCACCCUUGGCAUGCUGUCCCAAGGAAUUUGGCUUUGAAUUUCAGUCAUUGUGAAACAAAUACUUAGUAUCGAUAGAGCCUUUUAAAAAUAAGUGAUUUAGAGCAGCCGAAGAUACGUUGACCCAGGUGUCAACCAGGUUAUUUUUAUACUUAAAACAUAUCAGCAAAGAAUAGGCAGAAUAAAAUGGUUUUAAUGCCCCAUAGAAAAUGGAAUAGCUGACAAAUCACCAAAAAUUGAAACCCCAGACCCACCAGAAAGACAAGUGUCUAGCAAUGCCUUGGUAUGUGGAUUUUUUUUUUUUUUUUAUACAAGUAACUAUCAAAGGUCAUUGAAAAAAGGGAACAGAAAGACAAUAGAAGUACAUUGUCUCUUUUCAUAAAAGCAAAUGGGAGUAAGUGUUCUUAUCUGGGAAAAAAAAAAAAAGAAAGAAAGAAAAUGCUCAAAGGGUGUCACCACUCCAAUAGUAUCACGCCACCUUGGACAAAGUAUCCAAGUUGUGGUUGCCUUAAUAAACUGAAACAUUUUGUACAUAAUGUAAUUAUAAAUCUAUCAGUCUGCAUGGAUGCAAACUGUGUGUGACAAAUCGUCUUUUAAAUGGUCAGUUUCGACUGUACAUUUCUCAUCCAAGUUGUACUCUAGCCAUUGGUUUAGCGUGGACAGAUAUUCCGUCUCUAUUAUCCACCUCCACAGCCCAAGUUAAACAUGUUAAGAAACUCAGAAUGAAUAUGAAGUCAUUCCAUUGCCAUAGAUGUUUUCUAAAAGUCAGAUGUGGAAAUUUCAAAGUAUUUUCAAUUUCCUCCCUCACUCCUCCCCUUACCUUUCCUAAGACAUCAAAUACCUGGUAUGAUAGAUUAUAAAAAGAGAGACACUGGGAGACAGAAUUAAAUUUUCUAAUGGGAAUUAGAAUAUCUGGUUUACCUCCAAAUUAAGUUUCUUUACAGGAAGUUGCAAAUGGCAGGAAAUCAUAUUAUUACUUCAGAACACAACAUUAUUUCCUUAGAGAAAGAAGGAUUUUUGUUGGGAACGUAGGAGAAUAAGGGAUGGGUUAUCUAUGGGAGUAAACUUUAAAAUCCCAAGUUAAUAUGCUUGCAAACAUCAGUGCUCUGUCAUGGCACCACCAGUUGGUUGAAAUUACCCACAGAGUCAUCCUGUUCUGCACUGUCACCACAGACUUCACAUCAUGUGCUGCCACUAGGUCAGUUGCAUUUAAUCCCAGCAAUAUGUAAGUUUAAAGGAGUGCAUUCUCCUGUUCUUCAAAGCUUAUAUCAUAGAUACUCAGUUUGUGACCUAGGUUGACCUUUGGCAUUUCAUACAGGUUGAACAGCAAAAUCAAACCAACCACUUUCAAUUUGUCAUUCCCAAGCCAUGUCUGAGUGGUUCCAAAGUCACUCAAGAGGAAGGUUUAAGUUAGCCCCACGCACCCCACCAUUGCUAUGAAAGAGCAACCAUUUUCAUUCCAAUUAGGCCAUAAAGUGGUUUCUCCCUUGUUGGAUUUUGAAAAUAAUUGAUUUCAUUCUUUCUUUUGCCCCUCUUCCUUCCAGUGUUGUACUCUUUCCCCACCCAAAUCUGUGAGCAGACUAAAUCUUCCUGCAGAGGGGAAUAAGCUGGCACUCUCUAAGCUUCUUAAGGAAGGACCUAAAGCUUAAUUGGCAUUAACCUCUAGUAGGUGAGAAAUUUCAAAUAACUCUAGGAUACAUUAGAAUUUCCAAACCAGCGAAAGGUAUUCCAGGAGAGAUACAGCAGACUUGCACCUUAUACAUAAAUUCAGUUCUACAGUUGUCAUGUGAGUCAAAUGCAAAUCCUCUACAUUUAUGAUCCUAAGGAUAGAUUGGAAAACUGCAGAGGAGCAAAACUGAGACAGGCUAACCCGCUGUUUGGAGGUGGAAGCAAGUCCAGUCACCUGCAGGGCUUCCCCUCUUUCCCAUCAAGCUCCUCCCUCAGUAUCACAUUACUUUUAUUUUUUCUUUUGCUUUCCAUUAACCUAACCCAUCUUAUUAGUAUGACCAUUUCCUCAUUUUCCAACUACCCACUUUGCAUUAGCCUCUCCUCUCCUGUCCAGACUCAACAUUGGGCCAGUCUCGUUUCACAUCUGGCUGGUUGCAGAACAAGGAUGAGAACCCAGGUCUCCUGAUCCACGUUGUGGAGGUCUCUAGCCACCCAACGCUGCCUUCUGUGGCUGCAUAUUUAUUUAGAGAAAAUGUCAUUUGGGAUGCAUGAAGCUCCAUAAACAGAUCCAAAAGUAUUUCAUAAUAAGAGAAAUUCCUUCGUUUUCUUUUCUGUUUCCUGGAAUACUUGCCUUCAGCAAGCAGGCAUGAACCCACUUAUAGGGAAUCUGAUUAGGGGUGAGCAAAGAAUGAAAUCUGUAUAAAAACCACCUUGAAGGUGAUGAUGGGUCUCUGAUCCACCUUCCUAAGUGGCUGGGGAGCCACUUGCUUUUCAGCCCCUCAUCUCAAACGAGAGGAACAGAGUUUAACUUCCUCUAACAGCACUGCUCCGGCAACAGCCCGAGGAAGACGGGUCAAAGGAAAGGAGGGCGUGUCUGGGCUGGCUCGUGACCUGGCAGGCCUGGGACUCAACAGCCACUGACAGCCCCGACUAGGUGACUGAGGGCCGACAGGUUUAGCCUGUUAACUUGGCUGCUGUCCGGAGUGGGAGGCCACGGUCGACGGCAGUCGGAGUUUGUGUUCUGGGCAUUGCUGGGUCUAUAAAUAUGAUAAGCAAGUGGUGACAGAAUUAUAGUAUAAGGUGAUGUACUACAUGGAGAUCAUAAAGGAUUUGGUUUUAGGACUUAAGUAGAAAAUCCCACUCCUACAGCUUAUUACCCGACAAUAUUCAGAUAAUGAGCUUUUGGAGAAUAUUUUUUCCCUACCACUAGGAAGAUUUACCUGGGAACUGUCUAAAGUCUAUACAUAUAUUUCCAAAGCCUUUAAAUGCCAACUGUAGCAUGGAGAGGGGGGGUGGGUGGCAGAAGCCGAAAUGCCUCAAAAGCCAUUUAAGUGUUACAUUGCAGGAUUUUCAGUCCUUCACAUUAUGUAAAAGUAGAUAAAUAUAGACAUUAUUCUCAACACUACCCUAUAGUAUCACAAUGGUCCACAUGCCAGAGCUUACAGAUAAUGUCAUCACAGUGCCUAGAAACUCGAACUGUAAUAUACCGUAGCAUUUUCUUGGAGUUUUUUAAAGUUUCUUUCCACGAUACCAGGCUCUCCCUGCCUCUUGUUUCUUGGAGGGUUUGCCCUACUGAUGAGUCUGCCUCCCUUCUUGGACUCAGUCACUUGGGGAACAGUCUUAGAAGCACAUAUCAACCAAGGAAGAAACUUCCUGGAUAUCUCUUGCCCACUUGCCCAGGUAUAAUAAACACUAAAGGGGGGAAAAUUGAAAAGAGCUGCCACUGGUCAACACAGAAGGGCAGUUCCAGCUUAGGUUGGUGUCUUUCUUUUUCUUCCUUUUUUAAAAAAAAUCUAUUUCUUAAAUAAUAAAUGCACAUGAUGUGUUAAAUAUGUAUAUAUAUAUUUCAAAAGAAAAAAAUGGGGCACAAGAUUGUCUUACAAGUCGUGCUGGCUAAUUUUUAGUUUGUAUUCAUAAGUGGUUUUUAAAAGCCUUUUUUAAAGUGUAAUUUGCAUGUUCUACUUUGAUUGUAUGUAAACAUAUUUUAGAACAAAAAAUGUAUUUGUAUUUUAUUGAAUAUAGAGGCAAGAAAAAUUGUACAUUGUUUGAAAUGUUCUUUUUGUAACAGUUUUUAUUCAUAAAGCAUUUUUGUACAUUUAAAAUGAACAUGGACUUGCUGUUAUUUGAGGCGUAGAUACAUCUGGCAUGCUUUACUGUCAUGCUCCUCCAUGGUCUUAGAUGUUGGGUUUUAAACAUUUUUUCUAAAAGAAAGCUCAGUCUUUUUCGCUACCAGAUCAGGUUAGCACAGUAUAGAGCACUUAACUAUUAAAAAAAAAAGUUAAUCCUAUUCAUAUGUUAUUCAUUGUGUGAAA